AAUCACAGAGUGGUUCGAUCAGUUUCAACAAUGAAGGUUGCUCUCGUGUUCCUCGCUGUCCUUGCUUGUGCCGUGGCUCAGACCACCAUCGAGUGUCGUGAAGGCUGGGAGGCUGGCGACAACUCCUGCUACAAGGUCAUGAAGCUAAAGGUCCACUGGAUAGAGGCCUGGACCUACUGUACCGCCAUGAGGUCUUCCCUGGUUGAGAUCGAAAGUCAGGAGGAGCAGGAUCGUAUUGCCGAUAUCCUCAAGACCAAGUACAGUGACUACUACGAGCAGUUCUGGAUCGGCCUCAGCGAUAUGGAUACCGAGGGUCAAUGGCAGAACAUGCGCUUCAAGCAGAACGCCACCUACCUGAACUGGAUCCCUGGACAACCCAACAACGACAACGGCCGCGGCGAGAACUGCGCCCACAUCAACGCCAAGCCUGCCAGAGGCUACAAGUGGAACGACCACUCCUGCAACGCCGAGCUCAACUUCAUCUGCGAGGCCUUCCCUCUGGUCUAAGCAGCCACGGUGACGUUAUUGGAGGGCGACGACAGAAGGGGCAAUUGCGAUCAUCUUAGCCUCAAGCAACAGCUGACAACCGCGCUUGACAAUAACAUUGUAUUUAUCUCAAUAAAAUAUAUAUUUACACA